CUGAUCUUAUAUUGCCGGCUCGUCCAGGAUACAGCGUCGUUCCUGUUCGUGUAUAAUUUACAAAGAGAAGUUUUCAGUAUUUCUCCUCAGUGACGCGAAAAGUAGUCUCGCCGAGAGGAUUUUUAUACAAAAAGCUGUUCAAAAUGACUGAAGAUGUAAAUCCAAAAGCAUAUCCUUUGGCUGAUGCUGCUUUAACAACUAAAAUACUUAAUUUAGUUCAACAAGCAGCCAAUUACAAGCAGUUGAAAAAAGGUGCUAAUGAAGCAACAAAAACAUUAAAUAGAGGACAAGCAGAAGUAAUAAUAAUGGCUGCUGAUACAGAACCAUUGGAAAUUUUGUUACAUCUUCCUUUGUUAUGUGAGGACAAGAAUGUUCCUUAUGUUUUUGUGAAAUCUAAACAUGCUUUGGGAAGAGCUUGUGGCGUAUCUCGACCGGUUAUAUCCUGUUCAAUUACCAUGAACGAGGGUUCCCAGUUGAAGCCGCAGAUACAAGUUUUACAACAGGAAAUCGAGAAGCUUUUAGUUUAAGACAGUCAUUUUUAUUUUUAUCAUUGUCACUUUUUUAUUUGACAUUUAUAUUUCCAUAAUGUAUGUAUACACUAUUUGAGACUUCACCAAUAAAUUGUUAAAUAUGGGUUCA